AUGUCGAGAGCGCAGGCGGGGAUUGCGGAGGCAGUGACGCUCGUUCCCAGAAUCUGGGGGGCAACGCCAACCCCGAUCAGUGACGCAGUUUCAGACUAUUUUGUGAAGAUAAUACCAUCUCAGACAGUUGGUUAUUGCCGUUGAUCAUCAUCAUAGCCACACGGAGAUCUGUUACCAUUCUACUUUCAACCAUCAGAAUUAACAACCAUGGCCAACUCUGUUCCCUCCACCAAUGGCAUUGUGGUGGUCACUCAUGUGUUCCCACAACAAGGAACCGAAAGUUUCACUUCACCCCAGAGCGGAGUUGUUUCAACUCCAUCCUCUCUGCUUGGGAAAUUCCUUAAAGGAGAACCAGCCAUCACUGGGACGGUUCAAAUAAUGAUUGGUGUGGUUGUAUUGUUGUUUGGUAUUGUGACUGCAUUUUAUGGAGCAGCAGUAUCCACAUACACUGGUAUCAUGGUCUGGGGAGCCAUCAUUUACAUCACUGCUGGUUCUCUCACUGUUAGAGCCAAUAAGAAGCUCAAUCCUUGUUUGGUCAAAGCAUCACUGGGAAUGAACAUCUUCAGCACAAUAACUGCAGGGAUUGGCAUAAUUAUGCAUAGCCUUGAUUUAGUCAUACCAAUGCACCCUUAUUACUGUGGCUAUCGUGGCUAUCGUGGUGGGCAUGAUGGCUAUGGUGACUAUGGUGGCUAUGAUGAUUGUCAGGCGUACAUGAAUUUAUUCAGGAGCAGGUCAAUGGGGAUUGCUGGAGUGAUGCUAGUGUUGUCAGUGCUGGAGUUCAUUGUUUCCAUCUGUGUAUCUGCAUUUGCCUGCAAAGCCACCUGCUCCACUACUACUAAUGCUCAAGUGAUAUACCAGGUGCAACCCUCUUUUCCCACCUCCCAACUGUCUGCACCUCUACUGAACACCUCUCAGAUGCCUCCCUUCCAAACCUGUGUGAUGCCUCCUGCUCAUCACAGUGGUGUUGAUGGCCUGAAGCUUGACACACCUGAAGAUCUGCCCCCAGAAUACACUGCUGCCCCAUAAUGAGACAAGGAACAUCUACAGGGAGGCAUUAUGUUUCAAGCUAAUUAUAAUCUUGCAAAUCUCUUUAGUGUCUUCAUUAUAUUGUCAAAGUUUAAGUGUGUGUGUGUAUGCACUAUAUCUGUAUACUCACUAGAAUCUAUUACAUUUGAACAGUUUGGUGACUAAGGGUCUUUGCAUUCAAUUGAAGUAUUUCAAAGCAUCCUGGCCAGCAUGUCACAAAAGGGUGUUGGAUCAACGUACAGGAAAUAGUCUAUCUGUGAAAGUCUCGCUCAAUUACAGAUCACUUAAUUGCCAAGCCAGUUAAUUCCAAAUGAAUACUUAUUUUAAUCAGAGUAAUACAUUUGAUUAAAUAUUUGAUUGAAAUAUAA